AUGAGCUGCAGCCCGGAGAGGAUAUCUUCAUACCGCCGGCAUUUCGAGGGCACCUUUGCAGCCCCUCCUGCCCGCCAGCUCCGGGUGUCCAGUCCCUCUCCCAUCCGCAGGGAGACCCGCCACCGGUCGGCCAGCUUCACGCGGACCGGUGGGACGAUGGGGCGCAGAGCCAUGAGCAGCAGUGGGACUGUGGGAGCGCUGUGCUUUGGUAUGUCCAUGGGCCUUGGGCCAAAACUGGACCUGGACGCGGCUGCAGCAGAGAACCAGACCUUUAUGAUGACUCGAACCAAUGAGAGACAGGAGAUGGCAGCCCUCAACGACCGCCUGGCCGCGUAUAUUGAAAAGGUGCGAAACCUGGAGUCAAAAAACAAGCUGCUGGAGGUUGAGAUUGAGGCCCUGAAGAGCCGCCAUGUCAGACCAUCAGGCCUCAGGCAGCUGUACGAGUCUCAGCUGAAGGACCUCAACAGGGAUGCUGAGCACAUGAGAGUCAAGAGGGAUAUGUCUUUGGCAGCCAAGGAGGCGAUGUUGGGCCAGUUGGACAUGCUGAAGGCCAAAUAUGACGAAGCUGUGGAUGCCCGGAAAAAGACCGAGCAUGACAUUGAGGCUCUCCGUCCGGAUGUGGACAAAGCAACCUCAGCACGGAUUGUGCUGGAGAAACACCUGGAGCAUCUGGAGGUUGAGCUGGCCUUCCUACAGAGAGUUCACAAGGAGGAAAUCGAGGAGCUGGUGCAGCAGAUUCACUCAGCAACCUCCAAAGUGUACCUGACCUUUGGCCUCCCAGACCUCUCCACUGCUCUCAGACAGAUUCAGUCUCAGUACGACAGCAUUGCUGCCAAAAACCUACAGGAAAUGGACACGUGGUACGGGUCAAAGUUUCAGGACCUGAACAACGCCUCCACCAAACAUGUUCAAACUGUUCGCAGUGUGAGAGAGGAAAUCACUGGCUACAAGAGGAAUAUUCUCAGCAAGAAACGGGAACUGGAUGCCCUCAAGACACGGAACGAGUAUUUGGAGGCUCAGAUUCGGGAUGCAGUGGAAAAACACAAGAAGGAGGAGGAGGACUUACAGGAGCGUAUAGAGGCGAUUAAGCUGGAUCUGAAGGUCACCAAGGAGAAGAUCGCCCUGCUGCUGCGUGAAUACCAGGACCUGCUAAAUGUAAAGAUGGCUCUGGAGAUUGAGAUCACCGCCUACAGGAAGCUGAUCGAGGGAGAAGACAGCCAUCUCAGCACCUUGGUCCGAAACCUGUCCCUAACCGGAGGCCUGCAUCUCACUUCCAGUGUCGGCAUGCGUGCGGCCUCAGCCUCCAAUAACUCAGCUCCCGCAGCGAUUUCAAAGCUAGAUGGAGCCCCCGGUGACUCGACCGGUAGUGGGGCUGAGAAAGCUUUGAGUGCUGGCCAAGCCCGAGUGGAGGUGGUCUCAUCAGACACACAGACAAAUUUAGAGGAGCAGGCAACUGAGAUGUCUGAGAGAAAGACUGUCCUCAUCAGAACAGUUAAGACAGAUGAGGACACUUAUGAGAGCGACACACAGGAGCGCACCAUCACCAUUUCUGGAGCAGCGGAUGAUACAGAAGAAGAAUAG